GCUCCUUAAGUGUUGAAUAAUUGAGACAAAAUUAGAAAUGUACACAUAUAUACUUCUAUACAUACACACACACACACACACACACACACACACACACACACACACAAACACACAGGUAUUUAUAUCUGAUGUACGUACUACAGCAGCUUACUGCACAUUCAGCCAAUGAACAGGUCUGAGACAGAGUGAUCCACUCCUGAUUGAGGUUGUCUAGAGGAUAACAGGUUGGCCUUGAAACAUACAUCUUACUGUGUGAAGAGUCUGAGCUGCAAACACACGCUGUGGUUUUUUACUGCCUGAAGAGGAACGUUGUUCGCUGAACCGCUGCACUGCAAAAAGCUCAACAGGAUAAAGAAUAAUGUCAGCCCUGUACAAACUCCCUCUCACAGCCACCCUCUGCCUGCUUCUCCUCGCCACACUGUUACCCAGCUCUGAGGCCAGGCGUGGUGGCUUUGGCCGAGGUGGAGGCUUCGGCCGGGGCCGGGGCUGGGGCGGUGGAGGCUACAGACCCGUCCAGAGCAGUGGUCCCAGUGCAGGGAAAGUAGCUGGAGCAGCUGCAGCAGGCGCCAUAGGAGGAGCAAUGGUCGGGUCAGCCCUGAGCCGGCCUGGGUAUGGGUAUGGUGGAUACGGAGGAUAUGGUGGAUAUGGAGGGGGAUUUGGAGGAUAUGGAGGAGGGUAUGGCUACCCACGCUUUGGUGGUGGCUAUGGCUCCAGGCCUGGCUACGAGCCAGAAGGUUCUGGAGAUCUAGAGUACUACACUGGAGCAUCCAGCGGCCCCAUCUACAACAGCAUCAUUGUUGUCAUCGGCUCCCUGAUGUCCCUGCUGAUAGGCCACUGGAUGGUAGUCAUGUAGAGCUGGAGACAGAGCUGGGAUACCCCUCCACCACCACCACCACCCGAAAUAGACCCAGGCCCAAGCCCAGACUAAAAAUAACCUACAACAUAACAGAAACCAGAACUAUCUUUGUUUUAAAGUCAAAUGUGACCUUAAAUUAUGGCAGGAAAAUUAAUUUAACCUCUGCAGCAUAUCAGUCUGACACCAUACUUCAGUCUCCUUUGAACGUGGCCAGUCUUUUUAUACUUUUGAUGAUUUAAUGUGUUUUCCAGAAAGCAAUCUGUGAAGGUAGAGCAGCAGUAAAUAAGAUGUUUCAUCAGGUUAACUCUACCUCAAGAAGUAAUGUCAGAGUUUAUGAGCAGCUAUACUUCAUAUUAUGUCAUUUCUCAGUAUAUUCCAUCAUAAUAAUCUUUAAAAUGAGUUUUUCCAUUCUGUUUGCUUAUACUAAAAUGUUAUGCCAUUUUGUAGACUUUUAUGUCAAAAAGAAAAAUGUUCUUCCAUGUUUAAUAUUGUUAUAUAAAUAAAAAGAACCUAGAACAAACAUCUGUAUUGAAUUUUAUUGUCUGCGUUAUUGUCUAGAUACCCAACAUAUAGUAUAUGAACAUUUUAUUGUAAAUACUGAUAAAUUAGACCUUCAGGGAAACUAUUAAUAGCUUCAACACAAGCUCCACUGUCUUGCUUGCUGUUGUCAGUUGAGGUUACAAUUUCAGCCUUUAAGCUGACAUGAACAGGAAGGCCAAAAGCUUCUCAGAAUAAUAUAAACUUACAACAUCCUGUUGAACAAGGGAAUAAGACCAGUAGAUGGUGGGAAUCGGCUCGGAUGAUGGGAGAGAUAUAAACAAAGGUAUUUUUAAAAAUGACUAUAUAUAAUGCAAUUCAUCCUCAGGGGAACAUUAACUUCUGGAUGUCCGAUUCAAUAGUAUGUAUAAGAUGUUUGAAACACAAAUGGGCCUUGGUGCUGCAUGACUCAGCUGAUCAGCUGACAUUUAACAGUCUGCAGACCGCUAUCACGUCCCAGCCGGUCCAAUCACACCAGGGCUCGUGUUUGCAUUCUUCUCUGUUCUCAAGACUAAAGCUGAGUUCAUCAUUUGAGAUGUUGCCACAACAGACUUGAUAUUUUUACUCUGUGAGUAUUAGCAUAUAUACUUAACCCAGAGCGUUAGUUUGU